AUGAUCAUCGCGUUCAUCGUCCGCCGCGAACUGCGCACCUCCUUCACCAUCUACCUAAUGUUCCUCUUCUGCUCCAACAUUAUCUACGCCCUGGGCGGGUACCCGUUGGAAGUGAUGCGCCAGGGUUUCCCGGGACGUUGGUUCUUGUCGCACGCCGCCUGCGCUUUCUAUAUCUACCAGAUCUGGGUGUUCUGUCCGGUGGCCAUGCAUAUGCACGUCUUGAUCACCCUUAACCGUCUCUGGGCUAUCUACUUCCCGGUCUCGUACAAGAACAUCCAUUCCGAGAGAGUGGCGGUGCUGAUGUGCGCCGGGGUGGCGCUGUAUUGUCAUGUGAUAUGCUUGCCGGUGGUAGUUAUGGAUCUCAUGUAUUACCACUUGCCGGAGAAGCAGUAUGGGUGCUUGUUGAAUGCGACAGCGCAAAGCACAUUCACGUCAGUGGUGGCUGUUAUUAGUCAGUUUAUUCCUGUUGUGAUCGUGGUGGGAGCGUAUCCGUUCUUGUGGUAUAAGCAUUUGAAGAGGAAAAAGAUCGGGUUGGCCAAUCCGUCCCGGAGGGAUACGAUUUUCGUAACUAAUAUUGAUACAAAAUUGGCGUUCAGGAAAAUCGAAGCGUCAUCCUCACGUCCUUUUGUCGUGUUGACACUUUUGACAGUCAGCGUGCUGGUGUGCUGGACGCCGGACCAGACAGCAUGGACCAUCUCUUGUUUCACCGCCGUCAAUGAUUCUCCCGGUCUGCGUUACACAACCAGCGUCCUGUUUACCCUGCAAGCGGCACUCGAUCCCAUUCUCUUUGCACUCUCCCUGCGGACCUUUCGCAACAUGUUAUGCCGAACAUUCCGCUGUCACAAAAGGUGGGGAAGUAUGCCGAUGCGCCAGAUGAGCAUUAAAAGUUUGACGCGGAGAGAUGAGCCGUAA